CCAUUGCCUACACACCCACACCCCAGUACCCCACUAUAGCUGGAUGACUCGCGGAGCUCACCAACGUCGCCACGCCCUCUCGCCGACCUCCUCCUCCUCCUCCUCCUCUUGCCUCCUCCGCUGAGGCAGCCAGUGCGUGCGCCGCGCGGGCAGCGUCGGCAUUAGAGGGGUGGUGGCGGGCGGCGCGCCGACGGAGACGCCAGGGUGUGGAGGAGGGUCUGACCCUUCACUUGGUGGUGUGAUGUCGGUUGGGUGCGCCGAUGAAUUGCAUUGACUGGUUUCACCAUUAUGUUUUUUUCCCUGUACUCCACUGGACAUACUUUAAUGCAGUAAACUAGUGAUGCAGCAAGUUGAUUAGAUAGUGUAGAACUCACUAACUAAAGAAUUUUAUAUUACUAAUGCUGAUGCCAGUUUCUUAUUGUGUGGUCAACCAAUUUGUUUUCAUGGUCAAGUGGUACUGGUAAACGGACAUAUAUUUGUUUACACAACAAUGGUUGUGACAUGAGACUACUUAUUACAGUAACUCUGAGUCUCUGACUGGUUGUUCCUCAUCACCAAAAAAAAAAAAAACCGUUUUGAUGUUCCUCUUUCUUCUGCAGAUAUUCAGCAGAAGGCACUUCCUCUGUUUGAUUUGCAAAAAUGGCUUGCUGCUUUAUGUUUGGGAAUGAUACAAAACAAACUAGUGAAGGUGAACAAGGAGAAAAAGCGGUCAGGAUUUUUUCUUACAAUGAGCUGAGAAGAGCUACACAUGAUUUUAGUGGGGCGAACAAGAUUGGUGAGGGCGGCUUCGGUUCUGUGUUCAGGGGAAGGCUCAGAGAUGGGACAAUAGUUGCAGUAAAGGUGCUCUCUGCUACUUCAAGGCAAGGCGUCCGUGAGUUCAUUAAUGAACUGACAGCAAUUUCCGAUGUGAUGCAUGAAAACCUAAUUACGUUAGUCGGCUGCUGUGCUGAAGGGUCUCAUAGGAUCCUUGUAUACAAUUAUCUUGAGAACAACAGCCUUCAACAUACACUACUAGGGUCAGGCCGUAGCAACAUCCAAUUCAAUUGGAGAGCUCGUGUCAAAAUCACUGUAGGUGUUGCCCGUGGGCUUGCAUUUCUUCACGAAGAAGUUCGUCCUCACAUAAUACACCGGGACAUAAAGGCAAGCAAUAUUCUUCUCGACAAGGAUAUGACCCCCAAAAUAUCUGAUUUUGGGUUGGCCAGGCUCCUCCCACCAAAUGCGACUCAUGUGAGCACCCGAGUUGCAGGAACAAUAGGGUACCUAGCUCCUGAAUAUGCACUCAGAGGACAAGUGACUAAGAAGUCAGAUAUCUACAGUUUCGGUGUUUUGAUCUUGGAAAUUGUCAGCGGCAGAUGCAACUAUAAUUCUAGGUUGCCUUAUGAAGAACAAUUUCUGCUUGAGAGGACAUGGACAUGUUAUGAGCAAGGGCAUUUAGAGGAGAUCAUAGAUGCAGAUAUAGAAGAUGAUGUGGAUGUCGAGGAGGCAUGCCGGUUCUUGAAGGUUGGACUACUAUGCACUCAAGAUGCGAUGAAACUCCGUCCCAACAUGAUCAACAUCGUCCAGAUGCUGACCGGAGAGAAGGAUGUCAACACAGAAAGGAUCACCAAGCCCUCUGUUGUUGGUGACCUGGGAGACCUGAGAGGUAGCAGCCAGCAGAGACCAAUUGAUCCACAGUCUCUCCUGAUGAGAUCCUUUGCCACCACUGACCCAUCCACAUCAUCAGACACGACUACACGAUCAUCGCUAUGAAAAGAAAAAAAAAGAACUUUGUAUCAACCAACUUAUUCCAUUUGUAAAUUGUUAUGCUAGAUAGAGAAAGAGGCUGUUAUGAUGCACAGGCCAGAGAUGUAAUUUGAUCUUCCUUAUCUGAAAAGAUGAGAGGUUUGUGCUGGGCUGAUGGAUGCCGCAGUGGUGAAAAUUUGGCAUUUUUCUAUAUCUAUGGAAAUGCCACAGCCAAUAGCGAUUUUGCAUUAUUCUUUUUUUUUUGUUCUUUUGUUCUUUCAUCAUAUGUAAACUAGUCAAAUGCCAUGUACUGUACUGGAAUAUAACUAGUCAAAACGCACUCGUGUGUGCGCGUAAUAUUCGUGGCACCAGGCAUCAGGUGCUUCCCAUAGUA